ACCGCGUACCUCCUCACCUGUAAAGCAACUUGAACUGUUCGCUCUGCAACCUACUACCUUACGAUAACUCUGAAGCCUUUCAGUAAUAGACUGGAUAGUCCUUUAUGGAGGCAGACAAAGAGGUGGUGCCUGUCUCUCUAGCCCCCGAAACAAGUAUUAGUGAAGAGGAAAGAAAGCGGAUUUCUGGAAGAAGCGAGGGAAGUUGGAAAAAUGGAAGAAACAGCGUACGGAGCUCUGUUGCCUCGCAAGCUAGCAAGUCGAGGGCGUCGAGGGUGCAGCGAUACUCGCAGUUUGAAGCAAUACCUGGUGUGAAAGUCAGGGACUUUGCGUUCCCAACUACCGACCCACGUCAUUACGGCCUCCCUCUCCCCAAAAAUUCCGCCUCAUCCAGUCGAAGCAACAGCAGUGACUGGUUCAAUUCCUCUUCAGAUGAAGAUGAAACCACGUCAUAUGGAUCAGCAGAACGCCUUUUUGAAUCCGACGACGACGAUCAUCGGGGACGUGGGCAAUACCGAAUGCAACCCCGAGCACAUCCGAAUGAUGUUGAGGCACAUGAUAUGAAUAAUUUGGUAUUGCCUGAAUUUGCGAAACAAUUGCGGGAGCACUUGGGUGGAGUUGAGCUAGGGUUUUAUCGUGCGCGAGCAAUGUUUGAUUUCCAAAAAGUAACCGAAUGGGAGAUGACCAUAGCGGAGGGCGACGAAAUCUUUAUUGCUUUUAUUGGGUGGCUGGAUGGAGACGAUGUUGGUAGUGAUACCAAGCCUAUGGAGAUGGAUGAGGAAGCGGAAAACAAGACAGGAGAUCCCGAAAAGGAGGAAAAAGCGGGAGAAAAAGAAGUUGGUGGGGAGAUAGAGAGGGAGGACACUUCCGGUGAUCCACAAUCGAUGGAAAGCGAAGAAGUUGACGACUCAGCAACUCCAACCGCUUCGCGGGACUCAGGUUUAAACGAGCGAUGGGCGAGCAUCGACUAUGUAGCCGAUGAUCUACUCACCAUUGUUCACGGCGGAUCCAAGACAACAGGUGACCUGAAUGACAGACCUGCCAUCACCGUCCACAGCAACCCAGCACCAUCAGACUUGGCGGCACAAUUGAAUCAGUUGUUAGAUUAUGCAGGUGUGUAUGGUGCUGGAUGGGCAACCGCAUUACGACUCAAGUGUCGAGGGAAGUUGGAGGAGAUGGUUUCGCAGGCGAAAUCGAAAGGAAAGGAUGCGGAGACGGACACGGAGACCAGACCAAAGAAGGGAAAGGUGAAGAUCAAACUGGUGGAAAUGGGACUGGUACCUGGAAAUUAUAUUGAGAAAAUAAAUCAAUAAAAUGCUAAAUAGCUGACUGCCGUAGGAUGUGCAUGUCCCGUGACUAAUAUCGAAGCUGGUGAAAACUGUAUUAUGUAGAACAGCGCCCGCGACGUCCAUCGCCCCAUAUACGU